UACAUUACACACAUUCUUUUAGGGGUUUUCACAUUCUUCAGCUCACAUUUUGAAUUAUGAUUAUGAGACGCCAUGGCUGGCAACGCCCACUUCACCCUCUACAGAUAGUGGGAAUGUGUAUAUAUGGUUUUCUAGUUGCAGCUUUCUAUAGCUUCUUAGGGCUUUUUCUUGGUACCCGGAUUGCGGUUAUUGUUAUUACCUCGAUUUAUUCAUUUACGGCACUUGGGGUUAUGUUUCUAUUCAGUAGGUGCACUGCAAUUGACCCGACGGAUAAAACUAACUCCAAAAGGAAGACUAAACGAAAGCAGAACAUGACAAGGCAGUUAAAUUAUGGUUUUAUACUGGGUCACAUUGUUAUGAGGCUUUUCACGAAGAUUGAACGUAAGAUACUUAGGAAGUUCAUAAGGAGAAAGUAUCUUGAUCCUUUGAGUACCACAGCUCAAAUGGAGCCUCUGCUUCCAUUCCCACUUGUCAUCAAGGAUGAUUCAGUUUCACCUGGCCCGAUUCAAGAUGAUAUAUCGUUUUGUGCCCUGUGUGAUUGUCAGGUAAAAAAGCAUAGCAAGCAUUGCAGGACGUGCAACCGUUGUGUUGAAGGAUUUGAUCACCACUGCAGGUGGUUAAACAACUGUGUCGGGAAGAAAAACUAUAGGACGUUUAUUCUUCUGCUUGUGUUCGUCCUGCUAAUGCUUAUGGUUGAAGGAGGGACUGCAAUUGCAAUAUUUGUUAGGUGCUUUGCAGAUCCAAAAGGAAUAGAUAGGGAGCUUGUAAGAAGGCUCCAUUUUCAUUUUCCUAGAGGAGCUCUUGUAGCCAUCUGUGUUUUGCUGGUUCUGCUGACAGCUUACGGUUCAGCAGCUCUUGGACAACUUUUCUUCUUUCAUGUUGUUCUCAUCCGCAAGGGAAUGCGAACUUAUGAUUACAUAAUGGCAAUGAAGGAAGAAAAUAUGUUAAUGGAACAAGAAAUGUCAGAAGACGAUUCUGACAUGUCUUCUGAUGAGAGUAUAGAGUUGGAUUCCCCUGAAAAAACAAGAUUUAUGAUAUGUAGAGAGAAGAUGCCAGAGAACCAGCAGAUACUUUCUGUUAGAAUUGAUAAAGAACCUCCAGUGACGAAGAAGCAAGGUUUUCGUGCAAGUAUAAGUCCAUGGAAGCUUAUUAAGAUGAGCCGAGAAAAGGCUCAACUAGCUGCUGAUAAGGCAAGAGAAAGGUUCAUGAGACAAAAAACCAUCGAGGAAGAUGAUGAUUCACUUAAGCCACUACCAUUGGAGACUAAAAGUGGACCAUUAUUAACUUCAACAAACAUAGAUGGCAAUAAGGGUGUUGGCAUUGGUGCGACUCCUCUAGUUGUAAAAGGGACAAUAUCUAGUCCACGAAGACGGUUUUCUGUUUCUCCAUCACCAAAGCAAAAGUAUAAGAGUAAUUUUGAUCUGAAGUUAACUGAGGUUUCCAGGGAGCUUGAGACCUAUAUUUCAAGGCAGGUGUUAUGUUCUGUAAUCAAGAAGGGUGAUAGCGAGUCAUCCCCAUCUCCUAGAUAGUCACUUGUCUUCUCAGUCUUUGAGAAAGAUAUGUACUCAUUAUUAUGUAUGUUGAUUCAUGGCCAACCGGUCACAGAUAUAUAAAUGUCUAGUAUUGUAAUUUAUAAGAUACAAGUUCAACAAAUUCAACUCCAUUCUUCAA